AUGGAGUCCUCCGCCGAGGAGUUAUUCGACAGUAGACUGUUUCUUCUCCAGUCCCCACCUGAACAAGUCCGAGAUAUUGGCGAAAACCAUGUUGAACAACCUGCCCAGCCAGCAUUGGAGCCGAAAGAGUAUUUCCCUGGACCUCCUGCCGAAGGUGUCUUUGAGAGUAAAGGGCAUCUUCUUGAUUAUCUCCGCAAUCACGCUCUACGCCAGGGUUAUGCAAUAAUCAUUCAGAAAUCCAGGGCAAACAGAAGCCUCUAUAUUGGCUGUGACAGAGGGGGUGUACCUAAGGACAAAAUUGGCGCCUCUCCUGAAGUCAGACGUCGGCACAAAGUGUCAAGAAAAUGUGGCUGUUCAUUUCAAAUGUAUGGGAAAUGGACAACGAAGACGACUACAUGGGAAUUGAAGAUCAAAACCCCCAUUCAUAACCAUCCAGCUGAUGAGAAUAUGAUAGCGCACCCAUCUGCUCGUCGGCUUACGGCAGAACAGCAGCGGCAUAUUAAGCAUUUGAAUGUGAUAGGGGUGAAACCUCGAGAUAUCAUGACCUUUCUGAAGCUGGAGAAUCCUAGUGCUCUGCUUAUACCGAGGGAUAUCUAUAAUGAACUUGCUAGAUUGAAACGAGAGCCUGAACCUACUGCGCAUGAACAGACUGCACCUCAACGGGUUGUAUCACAACAGAGUUGGCCGCUAGUGCCAAUGCGGCAGCAGGCUAUGCCACGGGAUAGCAUGCUGCGAGGAUCUACACCGCAGGAGUCUACGCUCCGGGAGACUACGCCUCAGCCGACGCGGCCUUUAGUGCUCUACAUAUAG